UUAUUGCAUCUGAUGUCAGGGCAUCAAUUACAAUAUCCAGCCAGCAUGCUUUGCACUUAUUCAGAAACAUGCCACAGGAAUUGACAGUUCUAGGUCAAUAUUACCUCGAUUUAACUUCAUUUUUUACCAGAACACUGGCCGUAAAUGUAUUAUCGAUGAACAAAAAAACAUUGACUCAAAAGUCAGAUGAAAUUCAAAAGUCAAACGUAUUUUUAAUUAUAAUAAAAUAAAAUUUAAUAAUAAGCGUAAUAAUUGUUACUUUGGGUUAUCUUUUCAGGCGAAAAUGGAAUUUUUGUACAAUGAAUCACAUCGACGAAAUUCGUAAAUUAUCGUGUGACAGAAAAGACGUCGCCGGUGUGAAGGUUGGUGAUGACCUUGCGCACUCCACGACGUCGCAUCUCGCCCCGGACAAAGCGCAGAUACCGGGCCAUAAGGGAGUUUUUCCGACGGGCGCUAGGUACCUCAUCGCAACCUGAUAUUAAGAUAAGUUCCAGUAUAGCUGUUAACGUUACAGAUCUUAAACGCAAGAUAGUCGGUCUCGAACAACAGUUAGACGAAGUAAAUAAGCAGUGUCAGGACAUCGCGUGCCUCGACUGCUCUAGGAGGUCCGAGAGCUACAUUGAGUCAGAGGUGAACCACGACAUAGGACCGAUCAAGGAACAAACCGAAUCAUCUGAGAGAAAGUUGAAUGGCAUCGACACAAGAGUUAUAUACAAAUCUUCAGAGUGUAAUUACAGAAACACUGAAGAGAGUGAGUAUAUUCCAAAUCCAGAAGAAGGAGAUGAUGAAAACCAACCUGAGGAUAUGAUUAAUUGUGACGAGUAUCAGACAAAUGUUACGAAAGUAAGUAAUAAAAAGAGCAAAUUACAUAGGAUAACAGAAUACGGUGCCAAAUUGCAUAAAUAUAGAGCAAGAUCAGUACAUGAGAACUACCCUACGACUUAUUCUACGAGCAGCUUUCGUUCGCUAACAAACCCACGAAUGAAUAAUACAAACGUUGAAUUUUCUAGCCCCCCUGUAGUUAGAAAACAUUCCGGGCAAGAAUAUACAGAGCCAACGAUUAAGCAUCCUCAUAAAAGUCAAAAGCAUAAAGAUUUAAAACGAAGUAAAUUUGAUCAUUUUAAAGAUUCUUAUGAACAGAAGCCAAGCAGAGUUCGGAAACAUAAACACCACAAUCGGGAACUUGACCAAGAUUUUAUUGCUGACAUAAUAAGAAGACAGUACAAACCAGUAAAAAUGUUCGGAAGGAAAGAAUCUGAUCUUAGUCAGUUUUCAGCCCCUGUAUGUCGAGAUCAAGAGUUUCCAGUUCGUCCAGACAUACAGGAGGGUACCGAAUUAUGUUCUUGUUGCUACGAUGAAAGCAAACAAAAGAUGCGACUCAGUGACCUAAGCGAAAUGAGAAGUAUUUGUGAUACACGCUUAUACAGCUCUAAGAAACAUAGUCGAGGGAAACACCGUAGGAAGCAUUUAGAUAUUUUUAAUAACUCUGAAUUCUACGAUCUAGUUCCAGUUAAAGAAAAGUCUAGCCCCAAGUCACGGAGAAAAUUCACUGAUGAUAAUAUGGUACCAUAUGAGUACUAUAGAGAAGUACCACCGUCACCUAGGACAUUAAGGCCUAGGCUGAAUUUGAAAGCACAACAUAACACAGAAUUUGAAGAGUAUUUGGCUCAUGUUAACCACCCACAUAGGCGAAGUUCACCACAAAGGCAUAGGCAUCGUCAUGAACGCGUUGAAACUAUGGAAAGUGAGUUUACAUCGGAUCAAUCCCCAAUACCCAUUAGAGUUAUAGAACAACCGAGAAAAACUCGUAAACACAUGACAUGUCAAGUGGAAAAGCAAGAUCUGUGUCCACAAGAAGAUUGUACCAUGAGUAGUUUGCAGUAUACACCAUAUGUUAGUGAGCAAGUUAACGCAACAGUUGAAACAACUUUUAAUAAAACACAAGAAACUGAAAUAAAUGUCGACAAAACAGAUAAGGCUCUAUGUGAAAUUAAAGAUAUCCUGCAGAGUUUUCUUCAUGAAAUAAAAAAAGAAACGGUUGCAUCACAAUGUGACAAAUCAGAGGUAUCCUCAAAACUUGGUGAUACUGGAGUAAAUGUUAUUCUCGAAAAUAAUUGCCCAAAAGUCAACAGCCAUCCAAUGCCUAGUAGGCAUAGUUUUAACAACUAUGGCGCCGGACAGGCCAACGUGCCACCUUAUAUGACGCCGUUUACAAAUCCUUGUUGCUAUCCGAUUCUACCAAUGUGUCCUAUGAACUGUCCGAUGUCUAUGCAAAAUGGUUUCGUGAUGCCAAGUCAGAGCUACACGUGUACGAAUUGUGCAACUAGUAAAGAUCCUACACAUUCCGAUAAUUGUUGCAAUAAAACGAGCAAUACUGCUUCAGGAGCUGUUCAUACAGACACAUGCCAUACAGAAACGUGUCAUACGGAAACGUGCCAUACGGAAACUGAAGAACUUAUUAAAGAAAUCUAUAAAUUUGUCGCUCAGAGCCCAGAUCGAAAGAAAGAUUCUGAAGGCACUAGCGACAGACACGUAUGUGAACAUCAUAAAAAGAUUAAUCCUAAAACAUUGACGACAAGAAGUGUUGGUGAGAGUUCGAAACUUUCCAAACACGAUGCCAAAGUGGGCACACCGCCGCUGAAAUGUUACUCAAAAAGUUGUGAGGCAAUAGGAUGCAGAAUGAUGCACGAACCUUAUUACAGUGAAACGACAAAUGCUAGUUAUUCUGAUACUCUUUUAGAAAAACUAAGCUUAGAAGUAACACAGUCCAUUUCUGGAACCGAACUUGAUACAGAAACUACUGAAACUAAGAUAAGGUUCAAGCCAAAAAAUAGUAAGUUCUCAAGAGUUCUGCGAUCUAUCGGACUUUUCAAGAAGAAGAAAAAAGAUGUUAUUGAAGAGCUAAGUGAGAGCGAAAGUGCGAUAGACGUCGAUGUAAAGCCACGCUCGCCAUUUAGGCAAGAAAUUACCAAUUACAUGAUGCAUGGCCAAGAAUAUUUCAGACCGCCGCCUAUUCCUAAUAACUACCGGCCAAAUGAGUACCAACCAGAUUAUCAUCCGCCAUAUAAUCCUGGAGUACAGGAGUACCAGUAUCCGCCACCUCCUCCUCCACCUAUCCAUGACAUUUACUCUUACUCACCAAGGACACGACAAAGAUUUCAGGAACAUGCGACCGCACCACCUUACCAUUCUAAACAACGACCAUCAGCUCCACCAUAUCAAAGCACGUAUGAAAAUAGCUACAGUCAAAUGCCCCAACCGCAAGUACCGCUCUGCCUUAAAGAGAUAGAAGUCAAAAGUAUUGGCACGCAGAGCGAGAGAAAGAUGUCGAUCUUCCGUAAGAUAAAGAAGAAGAUCCAACCGCCGAUGUCGCCGGUCGGAAGAGGCGACGAAUACGACCAGAGGAACUGCUCGACACAAACACAAACGGCACAAACCCCGGUAACCAAACCAGUAUUGCGCAAACCUUUAUUUAACUGGAAGAACCUGCAAGCGAAAGCAAUGGAACAGGCUAAAAACGGUAACAACGAUCCUCUCAAAUUCACUCUCAAAGCUCAAAAAGAUUUAGCUGAAGGUGAUUUAAAAAUAAGAAAUGUCAUGCUUAAGAAAAUGUUUUAUAAACGAAAUCCUUUCUCUCCAAGAAACCUCAUAGUGAGGACGUUGCUUGGGAAAGACAAGUCGAGUUAUGGCGAACCCCAGACUGUGUUUAGACCACGGAUGUUCUUCUGAGUGUGCGUGACGUCAGUAUUUAAGAAAUUGUUGCGUUUUAAAAUGUAUCGUUGCUAUAAGAAGUUGUCUAAAAUGAUAAA